AUCACCAGUUGCUUUGUCAACACGGUCAUCACAGCUCUGGAGGCUGCUGAAUGGGAAACACUGUUAGAAAGAAUCGGAGUAGAUAUUAUGCUUCAUCUCCUCACGAAGACCUCCAUCUUCAUCAAGCUGCCGAACGAGUGCUUGUGUCAAUUAACGGGUGAGCCCCUGAUUCAUGAAAUCCCUCCAAAAAUCGACGGGUGCACGGCUUUGAGUGAUUCGGAAACAUCCAAUCUUGGAAAGCGGAAGAGACAUCCUUUGGAGUGUUCAGGACCGCGGAAGCGGCUCAAGGUUGUGAGAUUAAAGGAUUUUCGUAGAGUUUUCCCUAAGAGCUUGACUAAUGCGGCAACUAUUUCUUUUGAACGGUGA